AUGGAGGUGUCUUGAUGAUCGAAGAAUGACGCGAAUAAUUUUAUUUUCGAUUUUUGUGUAUAGUUUUAUUAAUUUGGUUAAUGGAAAUUUAUCUAUACCGGCCAUUACACCAGAAUACUGUAAUUCAACAGAAUACUAUGAUUCAAUAUGUGUUCGGUGCAAGAGAUGCGGAAGAGACGAAAGUCAGUCGAGCCUCCAAUACAGGAAUCAUGACGGUUCAUGUACAUGCAAGUCUGGAUUUUACAUGAAAGAGAAAAAAGGACCUCAUGAUAUAAUAUGUGAACCAUGCCCGAAAGGCAAAGUUUCAUCAGUGGAUAAAAGUAAAUGUCUUGCAUGUGGAGAAAGUAACCCAUAUAAUGACACUAUGGGAUCAUGUGAAUCCUGCAUUAAUGGGACUUUAGUUGAAGAUGGUGACUCGUUAACUUGUAUCCCAUGUAACAGUGGAGUUGGAAGUGGCACAGAAAGGUGCAGUGCUUGCUCAGAUAGAAAUUUUGCUAGCCCUAAGCAUUGUUUGUUGUUGAAUCAGGUUUAUUCUGGUGGUUAUUGCUUGCCAUCCAUUGAAGCAGAACCAUCUUUAUUCACUAUUAAAUUUGAAAAUGGUGAAAGUGUUGUUUCUGCUUAUUUUAAAGAACAUCUAAAUGCUGCUUUUAAGAAUUGUGAAGAAUUGAAUGAUACAGCCUGCCAAGCUUUAGCAAAUAUGUGUGUGAUGCUCAUGUAUAAGUUGGGUAUCAACAAUGCAUGUAUAAAAUUUGGUAAACUAGCUACAAAACGUCUAAAUGAAUGCCCAAGGAAGAAAUUAUGGUUGUAUUAUAUAGAUGAAGAAGCACAAUGGAAUGCUGAGAGAGAUCUGCAUAGGGAAGAUGUUCCAAAUGUAUUUACUCCUUCUCUUGCUCAGGAAUCAUCAAGAGUUUAUAUACUAGCUAUGAAAUAUGCACUGAAUGGUACAUUCCUAGGAGUUUUUAAAUUAACAAGUGAUAGUUUACAUUUAUGUCCUGAAUCAGAUAUUGAAGAAGAUAUUGCUUUUGUGUUUGGAACUCAUGUUGUAAGAACGUGUAUAAAGUCUUUACAAAUCUUAUGGAAAAACUCGGAGCUUGUAUUUUAUGACUUGUAUCUUGUAAAUACUAAAAAUAAAAGUGAAAUGUAUCCUAUUCCUGUCCUUAUACGUGGUAUAAAUGUUAAUGGUGAAUUUGUAAAUAUGGGUGAGUAGUCUUGUUUUUUAUUU